CAAAAGAAAAAAUUAUAUCUGCCAAACUAAAUAUCCUUUACAAAUAAAUUACUGUCUUAUACAUUUUUUUCGCUUCACUUUUCUGGAUUUCGAAAAUUGUGAUUAAAUUUUGUAAAAUAUAAACUUAUUGGCAGAAUUCAGCGGAAAUCGUCGCCAUCUAUGAGGUAAAGGAAAAUUGAAGGAGAGAUAACUCUAUGAGUCUGUGUUCUAAAGAUGUUGCUGUGUCUUGUUCCAAACCGAAUAUCACAAACAGAAACGGGACCAAAAUCUUUUUACUACCAAACAAACGGAUUAUUUUACCUUUAAUUUAGCUGCCUUAUGAGGCUAGUUUCACACUCAUUCUUUUUAGUUUCUUUCUGCUUUGAUUUUUAGGGUUUGUUUCACUUUCUUACUUUCGUCCCACUCCUUGACUCUUUUUAACAAAUAUUUGUCGAAUUUUCAUAUCCUUUAUCGGCCAAAAAAAAAACCUGAUCAAUAUAUGUUUAAUAAUUUCACACCUUUUAUCUCUUCUGUAGUUAUUUUCAGUUUUCAAUAUACAUUCACUUUGUUUCUCUCUCAUCUAUAACAAAUAUUCUCUCAGCUUCUCUACAUCUACACCCAACUUUCACAGCAAAAAUAUCUUAAAAAAAGAAAAAAAAAAGAUUCUGCUCGUCGCAGUCAGAUAUUUUCUUGUUUAAUAUUAAACGAGAAACAAAACAAAACAAAAAUUAAUUAAAAUAAUGACGAUGACUUCUAACUCCGAUGAAGAGAAAUUCUGCAAGUUGUUCGUAGCUCGACUGAGUUCGGACACAUCUGAGGAGUCAUUGAAAAACUAUUUCCAAACUUGGGGAGAGGUUUCUAAAUGUGUUAUCGUAAAAAAUCCAUCCACAAACCAGUCCAAAGGGUUUGCUUUCGUCACAUUUGUAUGUCCAGAAGCACUGGACAAGGUGCAAGAAGCUCGGCCGCAUUGCAUCGACAACAGAAAGUUGGACACGAAACGAGCCAUUCCGCAAGAUGAGGCGCCUGAAAAUAAAGUUAGCGUCAGUAAAAUGUUCGUUGGAGGCAUCAAAGAAGACAGCACCGAGGAUGAAAUUCGAAACACAUUUUCGCCUUAUGGUGAAAUUGAGAAGAUCGACAUGAUCAGGGAUAAGGGUACUGGCAAGUUUAAGCGGUUCUGUUUUGUUACCUUCACUGACUAUGAUAGUGUAGACAAGUGUGUCAUUAAGAAACAUUUUGAAUUAUCAGGCAAACAGGUAGAAGUGAAGAAAGCUGUUUCCAAGGACGAACUAAUAACUGGCCGCGGCGGCAGCGGUGUUGCUGCUUACAGCCGUGUGUUGAACCCAUAUGGACGAGGUGCAUUUCAAGGGUAUGGAAGUCCUUACGGGUACGGGGGUGCAAGUGCUGGAUGGUAUGCAUAUCCGGGUGGAAUCGCCAACUAUACCAGUGAUGCUUAUGGUACUAAUUUCUCUUGUCCCUAUGGUAACGGCUUAGGUGGUGGCCCAACUCGUGGUCGCGGCAGUUUCACUCCACGUGGCUCUGGCCCAUACGGGGGUUGGUGAAAACUUUAUUAAUUUUAAUUUCAAUUUUUUUUUUUUUUUGAAUUGACAAUUUUUCAGUUUUGUUUUUGUUUUUAUUUCCGAAGAUAUCAUUCUAUACAGAUGGUUACCAUGUUGUAUCUCCUGAAAAACCAUUUUUUUUUUUGUUUUUAAUCUGAGGUUACGCACAGUUUUUUGGCUGACAACCAUGUUGGAUUUGGUGAAGGCUACAGGUUUUUCUUUUUUUUCUUUUUGUGAGUUUAAUUAAUACCAACUGUGAAAGUGUGAUGGGUUUUUUACUCCACAGUUUUGACUCUUAUUUUGGACUGUUAUCUACUCAGAAAAUCCGUCACACUUAACCUGUUUUGUAAUGAAUAAUCUGACAAAAUAAAAAAAAAAAAAAGCCAUCAUCGCUAAUCACUUACAAAUCCAAUAUCACACCCAGCACGCACAAACACACACACUGACAUACACACAUACACACACACACAUAUAUAUAUAUAUAUAUACAAGGUUAUACUAAUGUAUAUUUAUGUGCGAUAUGUUUUAAAAGUAAAAAAAAAAACAAUUGACUGGAUUAUGAUAUCUUCAAAGAUUGUUUAAAACAAAACUUAAAUGAUGACAAUGUUGUUCUCUCACGCACACACAUAUAUAUAUACAUACAUACACACACACAUACAAGAUGGAGAUGUUUCCAUAUUUUUUUAUAAUUUUUUGAACUUGUGUAAAUAUCUCAUUUUGAAAAAUAGAAGAAGAAAAAAAAAGAAAAAAUUGCAGCAUCUUUUUGUCUGAAACAACAAUUUCUGGGGUGAGAUUAUACCCUGUCCCCACUCUCCAAAUUUUGUUUUUGUUUAUUAUUAUUAGUUCAAGUUCCGCCGAGGUCGACUUUGCCUUUCAUCCUUCGGGGGUCGAUAAAAUAAGUACCAGUUGAGUAUUGGGGUCGAUGUAAUCGACUGUCCCCUCCCUUAAAUUUCAGGCCUUGUGCCUAUGUUAGAAAGGAUUAUUAUACGAGUUUCUGCCAUACCCAUUUGAUUCAUUUUGUCUCGCCGCCUUCCUUCCGCAGACACUUUCUGUCCCUCAUUUUCUGUUUUUCGUUGAAUAAAACAAAUCAUAAGUGAACCACAGUUUCAAAAAACAGUGAAUGGUAGUGUAUAUUAGAGCGAGAUUCGUAUCAAUAAAUUGAAAUAAUUCUUA